AUGAUAAUUGUUUCUCCUAGCAAUAUCGACAAUGUUGAGGCAAACUUACUUUCUUUAUCCAUCGUCAUUAUGCCGCUCAGGGGAAGCAGAGCUCCAGGAAAUCCGGUAAUCACCGCCAUCAGUGCGUCUGCGUUUGCAUCAGGUACUUGGGCCCUCAACUACUUGGUCAGUCAGGUUGACUUACCUCCGCAUCUCGCAGGAGGAGGCCAUUGGCAAUUCUUGACCAAUUUAUCGCUUCUCUUCACUUUGGUGGUACUUUUCAUUGGUGUCAUAGCUCACAUCACCAAGUCCGCUUCGCUUUUCAACUUGAAAAACAACCUACACCCCAUUGCACUUGUUCUUGAGUGUGUGGUGACCACGGUGUACUGGCCGUUAAAGUUGUUCUUCUUGCAUUUGCUAGUCAAGGACCCCACGCGCAAGAUGAUUCCGUUGGUGGUGGACUUGUGCUUGCAUUUGGUUCCCGUGGUCUCCUUGUUGGUGGACUACAUCUUCUUCAUGCCCAAGUGGACAAUCACUAAUUGGACUGCACUUGCUACAUGCCUGGUGCUCACCACGUUAUAUUGGGUUUUGUUGAAGCAGUUGGUUGAUUUCGAAAACGGUGGAGAGUACCCAUACAUGUUCUUGAACGUGGACAACGAGGCCACUCGAAUUCUAAUUUUUCAGGUGGUUGGCCUUGUAGGAUUUGCGUCGUUUUUAUUCUUCAAGAAAGUGUAUGACCUCGUUGUUCAUCCCGAGGUGGAGAAAAUCGAGGAAACCAAGUUGAAGAAGAACCUUUAG